UUUUCCAUGAACUUGUGGUUCGAUUUUGGACAUCUUUACAGGAGUGCUUAAUUUGCCAGUGUUCUAUUUAAUCACACAAACUAUCGUAAGUUUGUAAUCUUUCUUCAGAAUGUUUGGAAAACGCCCAUCGGAUAACACACUUCAGACGCCGAACGAUGGAAGCGCACCUGGACCAAGUAAAAAAACCAAAGCAGACCCCAAGCGACGAACGUUGCAAUGCUUCACUCACGGUAUAGCGUAUCAGGUGAAGCUUCUGGUGCUUUUCACACAAACGCUAAACAGACAGAUGCAACAAGAUAAAUCCAUUUUUUGCAACCUAAAAAGUGAGGAUCCCGAAGGAGGCAAAUUUGAUGAUUUAUUAUUUGAGUAUGAGUAUGGCGAUCAGAAAGGGAAUUUCUUCUUCCAAGCCAAACACAAAGCAGACCCCAACCAGUACCAGAUAACGCUGAAUGACCUAAUAACGACGAGGCAAAACGACGCACCCUUUGCAAUUGCUCCCCUCUUUCAAAGUUUUUACGAUAAGCUACAGCAUGGUAGCGAUGAUGUAGAGCCUGUGCUUAUGCUCUGCACAAACGCCGAUCGAUCGCCGGAGGUACAGGAGUUAACGAAACCUUACACGUUCGCUUUCAAAUGGUUAGAGGAAACAUUCGGUUCGAUCGCGGACUCAAACACGAGCUUCAGUCAAAUUGAUCUAGACAAAUUUAAACAACUUAACAAAUAUACACAAUUCUAUCGCUCGUUAAGUGAAUGUUCCGAAUGCAUGCGUCUCGCUGGUGCACUGGCGGAUGCAAUUUAUAAUCGCAAACCAGCUACCCUCAAAGAUCCACUGUUCAGCAAGUAUUGCAAAGCCAUAGUGGAGAAUAUCGUUGAUGUUAGCAGGAGCAUAAAAAAAGAUUCCUACAAAAUUAAGACUCAAUUUUUUAAUUCAAACGAUCUGUUCCUGGAACAGUUCAAGCAGCAGUACGAACAACUGGAUGGAAAAGUUGAUGCUCUAAAGGACGCAGAAGACAAAGGCAUAUGCUGCUCGAAAGGAUUUAUUGAUCGUGGCAGUGACAGGUUCGAUUACAGCAGCAAUUCAUACUUACCCGUUGAUACGGUAUCAAAUGCGCUGGUGGAAAAGUUUUUCCAAUCAUUCGUUCUCAUCACUGGCACGCUGAAUGAGGUACAGCUGACGGAGGAGUGCAAAAAACAGUUCGAAAGUGUCUCAAUGGUGGAAGGCGGCUGUGCGCAUGGUAUGGUGUUUGAAGAACUAUUCAACUACGUAAAGGACCCGGAUCCGGAACCUCUGGAGAAUGAGCAGAUUGAACGGAUUUGGAAAACAACAUUUUAUCAGCUGCAAUUUCUUCAGCUGAAAGGAUUCACCGUGAGCCGUCAACAGGAGCUUGAGAAGUUGGGUCUUCGUCUGCAGGAGUCAAAGGUGAAGGCGACUCCGCUAUAUCAAGAGCUUCUGGCUCGCAUGUCAUCAAAUAGCAGUCCGAGCGUUAAGGAGCACGCUUACGAUACGUUGGUAGUGCAUGAAAUAAUCAAAGCUGGUUUGACGGAAAUUCGAAACCCAUUUGAAUUCCUUAUCAUCCAGGAAAGCACGUUCGAACAAUGGCAGGACACGGUAGAGAGUGUGCUAUAUUGGUUGACUGCUCCACUUGUACUGAUCGUAGAAGUCCAGAACGAGUCAAAAAAGCAUGAGCUGGUGAAAGUUCUUAAAAAAGUUAAACCCAAGCAAACACAUUCCAGGAUGAUCAUAAUAUUAAGUCCAGCUACCGUAAUCAGCCAGGGGAAUAUUAACGUAAGCUGCUUAAGUGAUCAAUCUUAUGCAGUACUUGAUCAACGUCAGUUAACACUCCAUGGAACGAUCGUAUCGGUACGUGAUCUAAUCAGGGAUAUGGACAAACUAUCGUUUUUAAUUUACUUGCUCAGUUUGAAAGAGCUUUCGUUAAGCUUAAAUCAGGAGCGCUUCUCUACAUUGAAGGAUAAAUAUGUAACGCGAGGAUUGAUACAGGAUGAUAACCCUAACGAGAUCGAUCUGAAUGAGGUGGAAAGUAAAAGGAUAGUCAUUUUAGACGCUCCAGGAAAUGGCAAAUCUUCGUAUAUCUCCUGGUUGGCGCAGCACCUUGAAACGAAAAACUCUGAACAGUGGAUUUUACGAUUCAAUGCAAUUGAAUAUUCCUAUGAUCUAAAUGAAAUUGCGAAAGAAUGUGAGACUAACGCGAUGACUGAAUUGCGUGCAGUGCAAAUUCUAUUCCAGUUCGCUUACAUGACCGCACAGCUAGGCAACAUUCACCAAAGCUCGGAUGUGACGACGAAGUCCCAACGACAGACAGCCAAAAGCUGCGCAGAAGCAUUGCGCAUUGAAAAUGGUGCAUUUGUACUAGAUGAAACGAAAGCGGUCGCAUUUUCCCACGAGCAACUAACACUGUUGAGACUGUUCGUUUCCAAACUAAACGGACGAAAUAUGAUUAUUUUCUUCGAUGGGUUUGAUGAAGUUUCUCCCAAUUAUGAAACUGUUGCAUUGUCACUGCUUUCCAUGCUGGAUCGUCUUGAUGGGAUCAGUAGGAUGUGGAUCGCAAGCCGUCCAUACAAGUUGAAGGCCAAAUUCAAACAAGCAUUGCGAGAUGUUUGCUUUCUGCAGGUUGGAAAGUUUUCAGAGGAGGUUCAGCUAACAUACUUGAAAAAUAGGCUGCGAAGGAUAACACCUUAUACGGAUGAGAAUAAAGUAACGAGAAGUAAACUAAUGGAACUGUCCUUCAAAUUCCUUACAACUAUUGAAGAUUAUAUAAGAGAGCUUCGUCAGCAGUUCCUAUUUUUUGAAAUGAUGUUUGAGGUGUUGAUAAAAGAUUACUUCUGCCCCGCGACUUUAACGCUUCAGAUCGAUGUUUUGCACGGCUAUAUGAAAGGCAUGGAGCUAACACAGCUAAUAGAAAGAUUCAUCAAGCUGAAACUAGAAAUCGUCGAUACAAGUAAAAUGGGCUUGGCCUCAGCGGGUGCUGCUACCGUCGAGGCACAGAAUCGUGCAGCAAAACGGGCGCACGAAGCUCUUCAGGGGCACAUGGCGUUGGGAUAUUAUGUAUUCGCACACUUCUAUUUGAGCAAACGGGUAAUAGAUCCGCAAGACAGUGAGUUUGAUGCGGAUGCACUCACGAAAGCGAAGGAAUAUAUGCAGGAGUUGCAGACUGCGAACGAAAAGACGGGCCUGGUAGAGCGCAUCGUCGACGAUCGUCCAAUAUUUGUGCAUCGUAUAAUUGAGGAAUAUUUCGCCAUGCGGCAUCUGUUCGAAGGUAGAGCGAAAGAGUCGAAUACGCGCCAUGUACGUUUAUUUUACGCAGAGCUACGUAAGUUUAAUUUUAACUGGAGCUACGGUGAUAUGAUGGACAGAUUCUCGAUUAUGGAUGGCAACAAUGUGUUACCGCUCCAUUUGACAGUGCUCGAAACGGACGGAAGAGCGAUCAAGCGAAUCCUGGACACGGAUCCAGACGCCAUCGAGAAGCGAGACGCAUUCGGGCGAACCGCACUCCAUUUGGCCAUGUUUCGGCUGGCAAUUCACCAACAUAGGCCCAUUUUAGAGCAGAUGAUCGCAUUGGCUGCGGAACGUCAUUGCAUUCAGGUGCAGGACACUCUGUUUGGCUGGCAGGCGAUAGAUUACGCACUGAUGGUAGAAAGCUUGGAGAUGGUUCGAGCCUUGAGUUUAAAACAAGGCUUCUUGAAGGAUACUGUUGAUUCGCGGCUGGUGUUGGCGUUGAAAAUAUUAAACACAUUGGCGUUGCGCUGCAAUGAUGGCGAACUAGAGCAACAUAUUCUGUGCCCACUGUUAUCGAACAACUAUUUGCGUCCCUAUUGCCUACACGAGUGGCAUGAUAAGGCCCCCGAGACAGCUGAAUAUGCGGGUGCCACGUACUGCCUGCUUGAUGCAUGGCGUUUCCUACCCGAACCCAGCUGGGUUGUUCAGUUCAAAGGGCAAAGUGAUAACAGUAAUUCGAGUUUAAAGCGGCUAGUGGCGAAUUUUUCCGAAACGUUUAUGUCCCGUAAUAGGCUAUUUUUUGUGUGUCGCGAACAUAUGGGACUGAUGGCAAGGUUCGAAAAGAUGUCUGAGAUGCCGCCCAAAUACAUCGACAUACGCGUCUACGUCGAUGAGCCUAGUCUAAUUGGCGACCUGCGUGGGCUGGACUCUACCGUUGUGAAUGGUGCUUUGACCCGUUUAAAGAAUAGAGCGUUAACGAAUCGGGUAGUACACGUUUUGCUAGUGUUAUUUUAUGGUUCUGAAGAUGAUGAUACGCUCGCAUAACAGAGCGAUCCUCUUUCCAGAUGCAGACUUUCAAGACUUAUUAGUACCACGCAGCUAGAUAGUCAGUCUUUGCUAGAAAGGAAUGGUCCAUAUGAGACUUGAACUCAUGACCCUGCGAGGUGCUCCUGCCUAUUUUCCCACAUCUGGUACAGCUUCUUCCAGCCGUCCUUAAGAGGCUUCAGACGCUCGCGCAAAAAUUUGUCCUGCUGAUAUUCGGACGUCAAGCCCUCGCCGAAGUCCAUCAAGACUUCUUGUAGUCUUCAGUAAAGUUGUCGAUCUCCUUAUUGGCUUUCUCGAUCUCCUAUAUGGUCUUUGUUUGCACAGUUGUGACACUUUCCGGUUCUAUUUCUUACUCGAAUGUCUCCAACGAAUGCAUAUUUUAAUUCGGUAGUCCUUUUUCAUAUGGUCUUUGUUUGCACAGUUGUGACACUUUCCGGUUCUAUUUCUUACUCGAAUGUCUCCAACGAAUGCAGUAGGCUUCUCUUUGAAAUUUUCCUUUCUAUUCUAGCGUUUACAUUCGUCGCCUAGCAACCAAGUCUUCAUCAACUUAUAAGUUAGUUCAGAUUCGGCUAGGAUUUCCCAUGCAGUCAUCAGGGGGUCGUAGGUUACCGGAAGAAUUAACCUUAAGCCCAAGCAGACUAUGCUGCCGUAUUAGGUCCUCAAGUUGUUGAAGGUUGAAGGUUUAAGACGAGCGAUUUGGUUCCUUGCCAUCUGCUUUUCCGAGGUCUUCUUGGCAAAUGUAUUUUUUGAGAACAUUCCACAUAUCCUUCGUCAUGGCCAUCUUCUGAAUAUGUCCCAAGUACUUACCAAAGAUUAAACUCGCCAGCAUUGACUUGGCCUUGGCGUCCCUUGCUGCUAACUUGGUCACUUCACUAGCCGCUUCUGAAACAUCCUUCACUACAGCGUCCCACACCUUCGAGGUUUCGGAAAAUAUAGAAUUCCGUUAACUGCCACUUAUUGCUGCUUGCCUGGACCGUACCUAAAGAGAUCCACGCUUUUUGGUUGCUUUGUUAAGACUGUCUAUUACAUUAUGCUAUUACAGCCUACUAAGAUCGGCUGUACUAUUCGCGAUUACUAGAGGAGUUGCUACUGUAGUAGGAGUUGCCGGAUGUCCAGGUGCAAACAUUUCAUUCGCCAAAGUAAAUACAUUGAUACAAUAAGAAUCCCCUAGCACUAAAUUCUGGAAAUAACAACACACACUUAACGGUUA